AGGAAGCGCCCCAUCGGCGAAUCCAAUUCUCUGACACACACAGAAAAGAAGGAGAAGAAGGAGAGAAAAAGGAAUAUAGUCAUUUCUUGAGAACGACGUCGUUUCCAUCUUCGUUCUCCGUCUCCUACGUUCUCUUUUAGUUUGCAACGACUCUCCUUUGUCUCUCUUCCUCCUAUCGCAUUCACGCUGACUCGGAGAAAAGCGGGUGCCUUUCUUUUGCAUAAUGACUAACCUUGAUCAGAAAAAUGAGCAUGAGUGGAUAGAGAGGGUGAAAGCGGAAGGAGCUGUUCCACUUCUCGAACCAGAUAACUGUCCAAAUGGUUGGGCUUCACCCCCUGGAGACAAGUUCAUGGUAAGAGGUCCUGAUUACUUUUCGACCAGGAUUAAAAUUCCUGGUGGUGAAUGUCUUCUAAAGCCUCUUGGGUUUGACUGGAUUAGAGGUUCUACAAAAAUAUGGGAGAUCUUAAACCAUCCAAACAGCCGUGUUAGGAAGGCUCUUGAGGAAGAGUUUCCUGAGGGUGACAAGCCUUUUGUUUGGGCUUUCAAUCUACAGGUUCCAAACAAGGAUAAUUAUAGUGCUGUUGCAUAUUUCCUAGCCACGGAACCUAUUCCAGAGGGGUCUUUGAUGGAGCAGUUCUUGAAAGGUGAUGACGGGUUUAGAAAUUCCAGACUUAAAUUGAUUGCCAACAUUGUGCAGGGCCCUUGGAUUGUAAGAAAAGCGGUUGGAGAGCAGGCCAUAUGCAUAAUUGGCCGAGCCCUUACUUGUAAGUACUGUGUAUCAGAUAACUUCAUAGAAGUGGAUGUGGACAUUGGAUCUUCCAUGGUUGCAAGUGCAAUUGUUCAUCUGGCAUUUGGUUACAUCACUACCCUGACCGUUGAUCUAGCUUUUCUCAUUGAGAGUCAAACUGAAUCAGAGCUUCCAGAACGAAUAUUAGGAGCUGUCAGAUUCUCAGAGCUGAACCCUGCUUCAGCCAGACCUUUUGAAACUUCAACUGAGGAAACCACUGGUAGUUUGCAGUCCUCUUUGCCUACAAGAUUAUGGAAAUCAAUUGGGCAGGGUUUCUCCAACCUUCUUCAAGGUGCUCCUGAAAGUGGUUCUGUCUCUGGUUCAUCUCGUGCCAAUGGGAUUGCUGAUCAUGAAGAAAGUGGAGAAGACAUAAAGAAAUGAUGAAUGCUGGUGAAGACAAUCCAUUUGCUGCCAAUCAAAAUCUUCUGAUCUCACCUUCAACCUCCAUCUCUGAAAUCUUUUAGGCGUGGGGUAAACUGUAUGGUUAAAGGGAACUGAUGAAUGCUCUAUUUGGGGUCCUGGGUGUCUUGGUCAUUUUUAUUGUUCAUCAUUCAUGUGACAGGGUAUCAGAAUUGUUGGGAAUUAGGUAAAUCUGGAGUGCAUUCUUUGUCUAUAUAAUGAUGAACUUGCAGUUUUAUUAUGUUUCAGAAGGAACGUUUAUAAAUAGCAGAGAAAGAACCUAGAAAGAAGAAGAUGAAAACAGAGUAAAGAGCUUCAGUUCAUUACUGAGCAGAACAAGAAACUUUCCUUUUUAUAUGUAGGGUUGUGCAUGUUGCAUCAAACCUUCAAAUUCAAGGUAUCCUUAGUGGUUGUAAGAUUCGAAUCCAGGAUCAUGUGUUAUUUAUUGGGACCACACUUCCCAGAGUUCA